AUGGAGGUCACUUCCUGCCUCGGAGGCCUCGGAGGGCUCAACUUGGAGGGCAGAGGGUUCGCAGUGAGACUAAGUGGCUCCGGUUCGCAGUGCCAGGGCCUUCUGGAGGUCAGCCACAGGAACGCGUGGCACACGCUGCACAGCCAGAGCUGGGGCCUGUAUGCACCCCACCAACAGGACCUCAGUCAGGCCGAGAAGCUCUGCAAGGGGCUGCUAUGCGGGAAGCCCUUGCUCCUCUCACACUUACGUGACUUCAGAGGAAGCCCCUUCCAGAGCCAGUUCACCUGCCACGGACAACUGGGGUCCUUCUCCAACUGCAGCGUCAACAAGGCAAACCAGGGGGACCCUCUGGCCCUGAUCUGCCUAGAGCCACUGAGGACCACACCUCCUCCCACGACGCCCCCGCCCACGACCACUCCGGAGCCCACAGCUCCUCCCAGGCUGCAGCUUGUGGCAGGGCCCGGGGGCCUGCGGUGUGCAGGCCUGGUGGAGUUCUACAGUGGCAGCCUGGGCGGCACCAUCGGCAUCGAGUCCCAGGACGGGAUCCAGGACCUGGGGAACCUCAUCUGUGCAACCCUCCAGUGUGGUUCUUUCCUGAAGCCUCUGCCAGAGACCGAGGCAGCCAGGACACUAGAGACAGCAGAGCGUGAGCCCUUGCCAAUCCGGUGGAAGAUCCAGAACAGAGGAUGUGCCUCCCUGGAGCAGUGUUUCAGAAAAGUGAAGCCCCAGGUGGAAGUCCCAGCUCUUGGCCUCAUCUGUUCUGAUUUCCAGCCCAAGGUGCAGAGCCGCCUGGUGGGGGGCAGCGGCACGUGUGAAGGCUCUGUGGAGGUGCGCCAGGGCAGGCAGUGGGACGCUCUGUGCGACAGCUCUUCGGCCAAGGGCGCAGCACGAUGGGAGGAGGUGUGCCGGGAGCAGCAGUGCGGCAACGUCAGCUCCUACCAGGUGCUGGACACCGGCGAGAAGACCUCCAGGGGGUUCACCUGUCACCCGGGGAAGCUGUCCCAGUGCUACCAGCUUCUGGAGAAAAAAUCCUACUGCAAGAGGGUGUUUGUCACAUGCCAGAACGCAAGCCCAGCAGGCCUGGGCGCAGGCACCGUGAUGAGCAUCAUCCUGGCCCUCGUGCUCGUGGCAGUGCUGCUGGUCGUGUGCGGCCCCCUCGCCUACAAGAAGCUGGUGAAGAAAUUCCGCCAGAAGAAGCAGCGUCAGUGGAUUGGCCCAACGGGAAUGAACCAGAACAUGUCUUUCCAUCGCAACCACACGGUGACAGUGCGGUCCCAGGUUGAGAACCCCACAGCCUCCCACGUGGAGAACGAAUACAGCCAGCCUCCCAGGAACUCCCAAAUCUCAGCUUAUCCAGCUCUGGAAGGGGCCCUGCAUCGUGUCUCCACGCAGCCUGAUAACUCCUCUGACAGUGACUAUGACCUGCACGGGGCCCAGAGGCUGUGAAAGAACCGGGACCCAGGAACAAACAUCAAAAGCCAGACCUUUCGUCCUGAGAAUACUCCGCCGUCACGGCUUGGAAACCAUGUCCUGGUUCCCCCACCCCAGCGGGACUGUGGACGUGACCUUCCAACAUGUCCUACCACCCUGCAGCGUCAGGCCAGCUUGGACAUCUCCCCGCAUCUUCACCAGCCCAGGUGAAGACCCCAGCGCAACUCAGCGGGCCCCCCUCCUGGUGUGGAAGCUAUGAAAGACGAGGGGCCAGAAGCAAGGGGCGCCCUCCCAAGCAGAGACACAUGGAAUCCAGACCCGGGCGGCCCCCUCCCCUGUCUGUGGGAAUCUGCUCUCUUCUCAGAUUCUGACCCUGGGAGGACCCACAAGGAAGCUCACACCUGGGGUCGGGGGUGGAAGGGGAGGGCUGGUUUUCUCUUUUGUAUUUUUUAAUACAUUCUUUGUAAAUAAUGCUUUUUCUGCUUCC